AGGUCGGACUGAUAUAAAGGUUUAGAGCUAAAUUACCAGACGGCGUCAUCUCACGACAAGAUGAUGAAAUUAACGCUGCUCGCCAUUUUGGCUUGUGUGGCAAGCACAGCAUAUGGUGCGGGUUGUCCUCGAGUUGUCUGUUACCAUACAAACUGGUCCCAGUAUAGACCGGGGGCCGGGAAGUUUACCCCCGAAAACAUCGACUCGUCCCUGUGUACUCACAUCAACUAUGCCUUCGCUAAACUACAGGGGAAUCAGAUCAAGGCGUUUGAGUGGAACGACGAGUCCACUGACUGGAUGAAGGGGAUGUAUGAGAAGUUCCACGACACCACAAAGUCCAAGAACCCAAGCGUGAAGAUCCUGCUGUCGAUAGGAGGGUGGAACAUGGGGUCGGCUACCUUCACUCAGAUGGUCAGUUCGUCUUCCAGUAGACACGAUUUUGCAACCUCCACCGUCAAGUUCCUGAGACGCCUGAAAUUUGACGGUCUAGACAUAGACUGGGAGUAUCCCGCCAACAGAGGCAGUCCCUCCGUCGACAAACAAAACUAUGUGGAGCUUCUGAAGGAAGUGAAAGCGGUGUUCCAACAAGAUGCCCAGUCCACCGGCCAACCUGAACUCCUCCUUACUGCCGCCGUCGCUGCGGGCAAACCCAACAUAGAUACCGCUUACGACAUCCCUCAAAUAUCCAAAUACCUUGACUUCAUCAACCUCAUGACCUAUGACCUCCACGGCAGCUGGGAGCCCCACACUGGUGAGAACAGCCCCCUGUACCCCGAUCACAGCGAGACUGGAGAUGACCGCAAUCUCAACGUGGACUGGGCCGCCAAGUACUGGGUUUCGAAGGGAGCGCCCAAGGACAAACUUGUGAUCGGAAUGGGGACAUAUGGGAGGACAUUUACUCUCAAGUCCCCCUCUCAAGACCAUGUCGGCGAUCCCACCAGAAGCAAGGGGCAAGCAGGCCAGUACACCAGAGAAGGAGGAUUCCUCGCUUACUACGAGAUCUGUAACAUGAUCAAGAGCGGAGGUGUUGUGCAUCAGGACACUGACCAGCAAGUGCCAUACUUGGUCAAAGGUGACCAGUGGAUCGGUUAUGAUAAUGAAGAAAGUCUGAAACAAAAGGUCCGCUACGUAAAAUCUAAUGGCUUCGGUGGUGUGAUGAUCUGGGCUAUCGACCUUGAUGACUUCAGGGGAUCAUGUGGAAAGGGUCCAUACCCUCUUAUGCACGCUAUCAACAAUGAAUGCCAGACAUCUGGAGGAGUCCUGAACACACCCGCCCCGGCGAUGACCACGGCGAGACCUCAGCCAGGGGCGUCCACACACCGACCCCAAGUCACAACCCCUGGAUCACACGGCAGCAUCGCCCACUCCCAAGACUUCGUCUGCGGCGGCAAACCCGACGGCUUCUACGCCAGCCCCUACGACUGCCAGGAGUAUUACAUCUGUGCCGGACAGACAGCCUACAAAACCAUGUGUGCGGAAGGUCUUGUCUUCAAUUCAAACACAGCAUUCUGUGACUGGCCGAGAAACUUCCGUUGUACGAUCGGUGGCAACACCUACACCCAGGCCCCAGUACAGCACACCCACUGGCCAUCAACCCCAAGGCCCAUAACCAUCACUAACGCGCCCACACACACCCAGGCUCCCGGCAACGUCAACAUACACACUUUCUGUGCCGACAAAGACGACGGCGUGCACACCGACCCGACCGACUGCAAAUACUUCUUCGACUGUGCCAACCACAACACCUACAGAAUACCUUGUGCUCCCGGGACGGUCUUCAACCCAGCCAUCAACAACUGCGACAUGGUGGGCAAUGUCCCCAGUUGCCAACAUUUGGCCUCGCAGAACUUCAACGUGGUUUGCUACUACACCAACUGGUCACAAUACAGGUUGGGGACGGGGCAGUUCUUUCCCGAGGACAUUGAUCCUUUCCUGUGCACCCACAUCAUCUAUUCCUUCGCCUUCCUUCAGGGCAACAUCCUGAUCCCGACUGAGUGGAAUGACGACACGGAGUUUCCCCCAGGCUUAUACGGUAGAAUGAUGAGUCUAAAAGAGCGGAAUCCAAACCUGAAGGUCCUGCUUGCUGUUGGAGGAUGGAGCAUGGGAACUCAGACUUUCUCGGCAAUGGCUUCCACAGCCUCCAGCAGGCAGGAGUUCGUGUCCUCGACUAUCAACUUCCUACGAAGCAGAGACUUUGACGGCCUUGACCUUGACUGGGAAUACCCCGGAUGGGGACCACGGGGAAGUCCGCCAGAGGACAAGCGCCGUUUUACGUUAUUAUGUCGGGAUCUGAGGCGAGGAUUUGAAGCCGAUGCGAGGGACACUGGUCUGCGUCUCCAACUGACAGCAGCAGUAGCGGCGAGUCCCGCCAUUGUGGAUAGCGGAUAUGAAGUUCCUGAAUUAUCUGAGUACUUGGACAUCAUAAACAUCAUGUCCUACGACCUCCACGGCGCCUGGGACCCCGUCACUGGUCACAACAGCCCGCUCUACGAUGACGGGUCUAUCUUGAACGUGAACUAUACCGCAAAUUAUUGGAAUCAAAAGGGUGCUCCGAAGUCAAAGAUUGCCGUUGGCAUGCCAAUGUAUGGGCGGUCCUUCACACUGGCAAACCCCCAAAACAACGGCAUCGGGGCCCCUGUGACAGAAGGAGGGAGACCUGGGCCUAUCUCAGGAGAGAGAGGCAUUCUUCUCUUCUAUGAGCUGUGCUCUGGGGUACUGAACAGCUACACACUGAAGUAUUCAGACGCCCUCCAGGUGCCGUACAGCUACAGCGGAGAUCAAUGGGUGGGAUACGACGACAAGUCCAGCAUCACAAAUAAGAUGAACUGGCUGAUGCGACAGGGGUUCGGCGGCGGGAUGGUGUGGGCUGUGGACCAGGAUGACUUUUCGGGGGUAUCGUGCGGUGAGAAAUACCCCCUGAUGAAUGUAAUCAAGAGCUGUCUUCUUGACAGAGACGGGACAACCUGUUCAGGAAAUGUAGUCACAAGGCCUCCGGUGACAACACGGCCAACCACCCGUAGACCCACCACCCGUAGACCCACAACACGAAGACCCACCACAAGAAGACCUACGACCCGUAGACCCACCACCCGUAGACCCACAACACGAAGACCCACCACAAGAAGACCUACCACCCGUAGACCUACCACAAGAAGACCCACAACACGAAGACCCACCACAAGAAGACCUACCACCCGUAGACCCACCACCCGCAGACCAACCACACGAAGGCCAACUACCCGUAGACCCACCACACGAAGGCCAACUACCCGUCGACCGGAUCCCCCUAUCGGUGGAAACAUCUGUGAGGGCGAAAUCGUGGCCUGGGUGCCUGACCCCUUCGUGUGCACGUCCUACCACAUCUGCGUAUUCGGCAUCGACUACCCCUUCGACUGUCCCCCCGGGACGGGCUAUAACGCUACCGUGAGACUAUGUGACUUCAUUGGCCAGGUUUCAACGUGCAGAUUUUAAACGAGUGGAUCUCUUCGUUGGACACGGAUUGCCAUUUGUGUAAACAUUGAAAAAACACAUUGCCGCAAAGAAAGAUCUGGUUUCACUGACUUACAUAACUGAAGUUUUAGUGGCUGUAUGCAUUAACAUAUCUGAUAGACUGAUAAAUCAUUAUUUCAUUUUAUAACAUUUGUACCCCACGAACUUUUCGAUGUUACAGUUUUUGAAUAAAAAUAUUUU